CCAAGCGCGCGCGCCUGUAAUUUCGCGGUGCUCGCGGCGCGCAGGCGCGUACGUAUGCCGGACCAAAAUGGCGGCGGGUUUCCAACUUUGAAUUUAAUUUUCGAACUGAAAGUGGUUCAGCAGACGGCGAUAAGCGUAGACGCAACUAUUUUCCAUGGGAAAUCACUGUAACGGUCUCGACGCGCGCACCGACGUUUGCCCUCCUCUUAUCGGCUGUGUUAACCGGACAUUGAUUUUUUCAGUGCUACAUGUAUGUUUAUAACUCGGCAUUAAAGUUAUGACUCAGAUUCAAUUAUGUGCUACAACAAUUAGGAGAUUAUGGAUUAUUUAUCUCAUCAAGAUGGUAUGAAUCAAGAGACAGACGUUUAAAUAUCCUGCAAGACGUAGCCUUAAAGGCGUUAGCGGGUAAGGUUCGGGCGCGGCACAAUCGCGGUCGACCUUACUAACAGGUGAGGCGGCGGCGUCACACAGAUCAUGAUACUAAGAUUGCCGUGUCCUUUUACGCAGACGUCGCUAGCGAGUUUACGACAAGCGCCCGCAUCCGGCCACUCCGCCGGGCCGGCCUGGUGGACCAUGAUGAACGGGGUCGGCGGCGCGCUCUACGAGGAGCCGCACGCGUCGCCGCCAGGCGGCUCGCCGCCGGCCGCCCCCGCCGCCGCGCCGCCCUCGGCCUCCAGCGCCUCGCCCGCCUCUGUGGGCUCCAAUCCCCCGCAGCCCCCGCUGCACAUCCCGGCCAAGCGGUAUGGGGAGCCCGAGCCCGGGGUCAUCCGGCACGCGCAGCAGCCCUGGGGCUACGAUGCUCCCGCCUCCUUUGAGCACCAGUACCCUGCCGGCCCGACUUAUUACAACCUGCCCGGGGAGAGAGAUCGCAAGUCGACUCUACCCUUCUGGCCUGCGAGUAGUGGGGAAUACAAACCGUACGCAGACGGCGGUUGCCACCAGGGCUUCUCACAACCCUGUUGGAACUACCCGUAUGGGGCACCGCGAGGUGACCAGCCUCUACCCUACGUUGGCAGCGAGGAGCGUCGAACGGCAGUCUCCGAGGCAUCCGGCUUCUCACAUGACUAUGGGCUCCGGAACUACGCGCCGGAGACGGUUUCGAGUGCACCGUAUCCUCCACCGGGCACCUUACCAGGUUCCCUUUCGAUGUCGGUGGGGGUGGGCGUCGGCUGUGGCUCCUCGAACCCUCUCGACUGGACCGGACAAGUAACGGUGCGCAAAAAGCGCAAACCAUACUCAAAGUUCCAAACCCUCGAGCUAGAAAAAGAGUUCCUUUUCAAUGCGUAUGUAUCGAAACAGAAGAGAUGGGAGUUGGCGCGGAAUCUCAACCUGACGGAGCGGCAGGUGAAGAUAUGGUUCCAGAACCGGCGAAUGAAGAACAAGAAAAACUCGCAGCGGCAGGCGGCGCAAGCGGCGCAGAACAACAACAACAACUCGAACGCGAACAACCACAACCACCACGGUGGGCACCACCACGCGCCGCACCACGUGGCGCUGCACCACGCGCCGCCUGCCAAGCACCACCAGUGACCCACGCCCUUCUCUGGGACUUACCCCCUUCACCACGGUAUAGCCAGCUAAAUCCACCGGGAAGGAGAGCACAAGUUCCGAAGGACUCAGUGUGGAGUGGUACUUAAAGGUUCCGGGAGGAUUAGUUCACGUCCAAUGUUGGUUACCCAUAGACUAGCGAUGCUGUACCGGCCAGUACGUAACGGACGAUGUGGCUCGCGCCGCGCCGAGUCCCAGAGAAUCUCAUAGUAAGAUAAAAUGUGUUGUCGAUUUGUGUAUAGUAUUAAUUACGAAAUUAUGUUCUGUAAUUUUAACGAGACUAAGUACAUGAGUAGAUAACGAUUCCUGAUAUUAAUAAUGUCUAGUAUAGCGCUGAUAUGUAUUUGAAAUUGAUUUAAGUACGAAUUUUAAAGACGUCACCGAUGAAUUAUAGUUUCUAGAUAGUUUAUUGAAAAUAAAUUUUGUAAAAUAUUUUGUGAGACUGCUUAUUGUUGUAUUCGUAUCGCUGUUCAGAGGGUGUUUAGUCUUAAUCAGUUAACUUUUACUUUCGUUACCAAAUUGUUGAAUUACUCGGGUUGCUUUGAUGGCAGAUGUUCGCGACGUUCUCGUGACAUCAUUGGGUACGUCACUAGCAGACACACUUCAAGAAAUACAAGCAUAAGCAAAUAUCAUCACACUAUGAUCAAAUAUUUAUUACUGUUUUAAUUUCUUAUCUCAUAAUUCGUGAAUUUUGUUAUUUAAAUUAUGGAUUUCUGACAAAGCUUUAACUCGGUUCCAGUAGAAUUAUACAAUAAGUUACUGUUAUGACUUUUUUAAUAUUGAAGUUGAUGUUAUAAUCAAUUAAUUAGGUAAUAUGGGCAAGUGCAUUAAUAUUGUCCCUUUGAAUUAUUGUGCUUUAGCCAGUCUAUUACUUUUUUAUUUUUGUUUUACUUGAAUAUUUUAUUAUUUAUUUAUACAUGAGUAUAAUUGCAAUAUAUUAAAUAGUUACGUUCACUAGAGUCCUCCGAAUGAAGUCUCUCUUACGUCGUGUACAAAUAUAAUUUGAAUUGUCUCAUUUAGUGUGGGGGCCUUGUGACCCCGCGUUAGGAUAUCAUCUUUGUACUACUUAGCUACAUCUUCCCUAUUUUAUCAUAUUAUAUCUAUGUAAUAAAUGUUUUAUUGUAAACUUAGUAGUUUACUCGAAUCUAAUUCAUAAAAUCUGUAUUGUCCCGUAAUUUAAUGGUAAAAUAAAUUAGAUGUUUUUGUACAAAUGGCGACCUCGUCUAGGCGACCGAAUUUCUAUAUAAUUUGAAGGCAUCUAUGGAUACCUGUGUUCUUGCGACAUAGAUGAUUAAGCAAUUGUAUCAUACUGUAACCGCAGCUGUAACCAGUGACUAAAUGUAUUUGUACUCAUAGAAUUAUCUGAAAAGCAGUGAUAUUCGACCAAAAUUCGGCGUCGAGGGGAAGAAUAUACUCAUAAAACUCGUCAGCAUUAUAAUGUAAUUGGGCGAAGUACUUAAGCUGCGUGCUAAGUGAGCUUUUAAAACCUAACUAUUGCUUUUCAGAUACCGCUACCGGUCGCUUGUGUAACGACUGUAUAUUCAACGAUUUCAGUAGAUACUACGACUAGAACCUUAUUUACCUAAACUAUAUAAUGUAAUAAUUAAAGGUCUCGUAAUUAUUAUUGUACAGAUAAAUUAAUGUAGUUAAUCACGCCAGAAAAUGUGAGGUUUUGUUAAGUAUAAUGUAUAAUUAAAUGAAUGUGCUCUCGACAGUUUUAUGACGAAUUUAGAAAAGAAUGUAUGAAAGGGGAAAAAAUUAAAUAUUUCGUCGUGUC